UCCAAAUCCAGAAACGCUUACAUCGUAUAACGGUUUUUGAAUCACCGCGAAACUCGUUUCUCCGAUUGUGGAAGAAGAUGGAGGAGUACUUGCAGUACAUGAAAACUCUCCGCUCUCAAAUGAAUGAUGUGGAGGAUGAAGCGGCGAAGAUUUCCGUCGAAGAAGAAAUGCAACUGACAAACGUACGCACUUUGGAAAGCGACAUUGAAUCAGCAAAAUCGGGAAUUACGCAACUCAAGGAAGACACUGAGAAGAUGAGGGCCGCAAAGGGCGAGAUAUGCUCGAAGAUAUUGGAAAAACAGAAAAGGAUUGCCUCUUUGGAGUUUGACACAAUCAAACUCUCCCAGACUUUGGAGCUUAUUCAGCAAGAGAGAGUUGGGUUAUCUUCCAAACUCUCAGAGAAGAGAGCAUACUAUAGCAAGGUUGCAGAGGACAUGAAUGCCAAAUUACAGAAGCAACAGGAAUGGGUCAGUAGUACCCGGAAGAUUAGCAGGGAACUGCAAAAGCAUGACUUGGCCACCGGAAAGGUUGUGGGGGAAAUAAGUAAAGCUGAAGGCAUGGAUCUAUACUUUAGUGUGGUGUUUGACACAACUUUUAACGAAAAAGGACUCUUAAACUCCACCAAAACUUUCAGGAGAAAAGGAGAUAAACAUGGGAGUGUUGCAAGGACCAAUUUAAUCAAUGAAUUGGAUUCUGCUAAAGCACGGCUUGAGGAGAUUCUUACUCUGAAAGCCAAGGUUCUUACCGAGAACACCAAGAUAAAACUGGCUAUCGAGGAUGUGAAGUGCAGAGAAAAUGAGUUUAAGCCGGAGCUGAAAGCAGCAGGUUUAACUGCUCUUGAAGAGGAAUAUAAAGCUCUUUUGUCAGACAAAGCUGGAGAAACUGAAUACUUGCAAUCUCUAGAGAAUCAAGUUGAGAAACUUAAGGAGAUUCGUCACGUGGUAAAAUGUGCUUGUGGAGAGGAAUACAACGUCGCUUUAAAUAAGUAAUAUUUUAAGAGAACAUGAAACUUGAGGAGGCUGUGAAUUUAGUUGCUCACGUUGAUCUUGAUACGACUGUACAUCAUUUUGGAAAAGAAAUUGACUGAAUGGUUUAUGAUUGUAUUUUCCUUGAUAUAUUAAUAUGCAAAACUUUUGAUUGAUUUCUAGGCUGUUGUACUAGGGUUUACAGUCAUUCAAUCUAAAAAGAAUGUUUGAGGGAAACAAAUUCAAUAGACAAGGCUGAGUAAUCACAGUGCAUGCAGAAGCAAUCACUUAAUAUUCAGAUUCACUGUAGGAGAUGGAUUUUGGAGGCAUGAUACUGCUUCUUGUGUUUUGACACGAUAUCAGCAUGUACAGGAAACAUGCACCAAUAAUGGAGCAACUUGUACUGAGACAAGACAACC